AUGCAAGCAGUGGCAAAACUGAGCAAGAAUCUCCCCCGCCCUCUCUUCCUCCUCCUCGCUCCCAGAACCUUAACCACCCUCACUUCUUCUUCUUCUUUAUCACACUCGCUAUCCUCACCGGGCUGUGACUCCGCCAUCAUGCAGACCACAAACACGUGUCUCACCGGAAGAACUCUGCUUCGUUUUCCCUGGUCCGCCAUUCAACACCGUGGAGCCGUUGUCCAGGGCGCUGAUGUAAAACCUGGAAAUAUCAUUGAAAGGAAUGGUGGGUUUGGAAUUUCUUUGCGUUCAGUGUUAAAGGCGGAGCAUUCACAUGAAGGAAGGGGAAAAGCGGUUGUUAAGGUGGAGGUUCGUGAUCUUGACUCGGGGAACAAGACAUCCCUACGAUUGUCGACGGAUGAGCAACUCGAUAAGGAAAUGAAAGUGACAGUGGAGCUGUACAACGAUAAACCUUUAUCUGUUAAAGUUCCAAAACACGUUACGUGCGUUGUCAAGGAAGCACAAACUCCUACUUCAUAUCACUACUUCUUGUUUUCUCUUCCAGUAUCUGUAUUUAUGGAAGUUGGUACAUUGUGA